AUGGCGCUUUGGUGCGCCGAACGGCUUCAUGAGUUUACGUGCAACAGCUACUUCUACCUCGUCACCAACUACUUCAAACCCGAGGCCCUCCUGCGUCAGACAUGGUCCGCUAGCACCCUUCCAGCAUUAACAGGUCUCAUCGUCGCGGUAACACAGGCGUUCUUCGCGAGACGGCUAUUCUUGCUCAACCGAGGGUAUCUCGUCAUAGUCGUCUUCGCACUGCUACUGCUGCUCGGCGAACUCGGAUUCUCCGUUGCGUGCACCGUCGAGGCAAUCAUACAGCCCAGCAUCUUCGACGUCCAAAACUUCCAGUGGCUGUCAAUCGCCGCACUCGCGUUCAUCAUUGGGGCGGACGGUCUCCUGACGACUCUGCUCACCAUCGUUCUGUGUCGUAGUCGGACGGGCUUUAAGUCAACCGACUCCAUACUCAACACGUUGAUAUUCUACACUAUCAACAACGGGCUUCUGACAAUCACGCUUACUAUCAUUUCUCUAUUCAUGGCCAUCUUCUAUCCGCACUCCCUGAUAACGGACGGGCUGAACAUUUGCAUUGCAAAGGCAUACGCUAACUCCCUGCUCUCUGUACUCAACCAUCGGCACUUCCUCCGCAAUAACAAGCAAGAGCCCAGCGAAACGGUCGGCGCGACCGAAGCACACGUGCACGGCUUCCACGACACUGCAGACAGCUUCGACCACGCUCAGGCCGUGACCGCGAACUCGCAGCGAAUCAUGCACAUCAAAAUCACGCGGGACGUCGUCCGCGACACGUCUAUCCGCACCGUUUCCGAAGACAUGCACAUACCGCAAGACGAUAAGGGCACCGCGCUCGCGGUAUCGACGUCCCCAGUCAUCGCCGUUUGA